UCAGGUCGAAUCACGUUGAAGAGCAAGGAUCCGCUCGAGCCGCCGGUGAUCUGGAGCAACGACUUGGGCACCGAUCACGAUCGCAGCGUCAUGAUCCAGGCGAUCCGGGUGGUGCAGAGACUGGUGAACACGACGGUCAUGAGGAAUCUCGGGGUCGAGUUUCAAAGGAUCGAUCUACCGCAGUGCGACAGCUUGGUCGAGGACAGCGACGAUUAUUGGAACUGCGUGAUACAGUACAACACGAGGGCGGAAAAUCACCAGACGGGGACGGCCAGGAUGGGUCCCGUCUACGAUCGCAUGGCGGUCGUAUCGCCCAGGCUCAAGGUGCACCGUGUAAAGGGACUGAGGAUCGCCGACGCCUCUGUUCAGCCGCAAGUGAUCUCGGGCAAUCCCGUUGCCUCGGUCAACAUGGUCGGCGAGAGAGCGGCAGACUUCAUCAAGGAGGACUGGGGAGAGGAUCUGUCUUAGAUUGAUGUAAUUAACAAACGGUUAUCGUACUUGACUUUGCACCUGUAUUUAUGUUAUAAAGCUGCAUAUAUAUAUAUAUAUAUAUAUAUAAUUGUUCUUAUUUUGA